GCGCGCUCCGAGCGCGACGACACGUCCCGAGAGAGACACAGAGAGACAGAGGAGGAAACACAAACCACUACCUGCGAUGGCGACGGGGCUGCAGCGCCACAGCAGCGCGCCCGACUUUGAGAGCGCUGAGCGGAUGUGCGUGGAGGAGGACUACUCCCUGUACGGCAGCCUGAGCGAGGACGAGCAGAUCUGCCUCGCCAUCGAGCAGAGCCUGCAGGAGCUCGCGGGCAGAGGCGCGACGCCGCACAAGCCCGGCGCGGCGCCCGUGCUCGCCGUCACGGGCAGGAGCCAUACGCCGGCCGCACCGACGCAUCGCCCCGUAGCGGCGAACGACGUGUCCAGCAGGAGCAACCAGAGGAACGAGCAGCAGACGACAGAGGGGCUCGUGUCACGGCAGGGCGCCCGCAACUGGCGCUCCCUCCCUCGCCAGAUCUUUCAGGAGCAUCAGCAGAGCACCGACCCGGUGGCGCUGGCCAUCGAGAAUGACGACGUCUCGAUGCUGCAGAGGAUCAUCGUGACCGGCACCGACCUCAGCAAAGUCCAGGGCCCAGACACCGUCCACCCGGUCCACGCGGCAGCCUUCCUCAACAAGCCCCGCUGCCUGCGGUUGCUUCUGCAGAAGUACCCGCAGCUGGUGAAUCUGCGCUCGCGUAACAACGAGACUCCGCUGACGCUGGCAUCUGGCACUUGCAACCUGGAAUGCAUGAAGGUGCUGCUGGGCAUGGGCGCCUCCCCGGACGUUUGCCAGAGCUACAAGGAGACGCCACUGCACCAAGCCUGCGAAUGUGCCAACAUCGAGGCAGCCUCGCUGCUCAUCAAGUUCAACGCCAACGUCAACUUCCGCGGCAACCACGGCCACACGCCGCUGUACGAGGCAAUCUCUAAGAACAACCUGGACAUGGUGAUCCUCCUCAUGUCCGCCGGGGCCAAGAUGAACGUGGCCAACGAUUACGGUGUCUCGCCGCACUUCGUCGCGGCCGAAUGUGGCCACCUGGCCAUCCUGAGACACCUCGUGAGCCUUGGUGCUGACAUCGACACGGAAGCGAGGAACGGAGCGACGGCCCUCUACGAGGCGACGAAGAACAACCACGGGGACGUGGUGGAGUUUCUGUUGUCGGUGGGCGCCAACGCGAACAAGCCCACCAAGGAGGGCCUGCUGCCCCUGCACAUCGCCGCGUCAAACGGAAACGAGGAAAUGGUCUGCCUCCUGCUGCCCGGCACGAAAAAGGCUCGCAUCAAGCGGUGCGGCAUCAGCCCGCUGCACCUCGCCGCCAAGAACGGCCACUACGACGUCCUGCAGAUCCUCAUCAACAGCGGCUUCGACGUCAACUUCCAGCUGUCGGACGACCACUCGUUCUUCUACGAGGACCGCCGCACCACCGCCCUCUACUUCGCCGUCGCCGCCACCGACGUCGACUGCGCCGAGCUGCUCCUCGAGUCCGGCGCCGACCCCAACCUGGACCCCAUCAACCCGCUGCUCGUCGCCAUCCGCCUCCACGCUCACUCGCUCGUCGGGCUCCUGCUGGCGCACGGGGCCGACGUGAACGCGUGCGUCGCCACGCACCCGACCGCCUUCCCGGCCGCCGUCAUGUUCUCCCUGCAGGACCUGCGCACCCUCGAGCUGGUGCUGAGGCACGGCGCCAGCGGGGAGGCCUGCUUCCGAUGCCCCUUCGGCGGCGGGAAGCACCCGCCCGUGCCGCCCAAGAGGAGGAAUUCGGACGACACUCGGGUGAACGCCCAGCCCAGGGUGGUGCACUUCUGCGAAUUGCUGGUCUCCGACGAGCUCGAGUCUUGGGCUGGGCCGAUCGUCGACGUCCUCCUCAACUUCGUGACCGACGUGCGCUUGUGCUCCCGCAUCAAGGAGCAACUGGAUAGCUACCACGAGUGGAGCCCCAUCAUCGAGAUGGCAGAAAACCCACGUCCGCUCUCCCACCUGUGCAGGAUGACGAUCAGAAGCCUGUUUAAAUCUCAACGCAUGCGCCUGAUCGAUUCGCUGCCUUUGCCCAAGAGACUGCGUGACUACUUGCUCCACAAAUCCGGAGAAGAGGACUGAGCAUGCAUUUCACGCCGCACGUCUGUGCCAUUGCUGAGAGCAGACUUCUCGCUUGGUAAGGGGUGGCUCUGUGUGUUCCACUGAGGCUCAUGGUUCCGAGCGCGAGCCGUCCUUUCGUGCCACCAAUAUCUCAAGUGUAUUGACAAUAAAGGUUUUUGGGGUUAGAUCGCGUAAGUAUAAACGUGUCGUAACCCUCCACCACCCGACACAGCCAGUAAGGUUUGUCACGUAAACAACGCGCCAAUUAGUUUACUACUACAGCGCACCGGUACGUUGGAGAGUAAAUGCACAACAUUUACAAUUACAUGGCUGAUGUGCGAGCCAUCCCCGAAGAUGAUGUUUAGGUCAGUCAGGAGUCAUAUUUUCUUCUCUCCUCGGGUGCAGUACAACCCCGCAGCUCGAAGCAGUGUGCUCAUGUGUACCAGAACUGUGGUCGUUUCGUCAAAUAUUAUCUGCAGUUCCACACAUCCAUGAUACAGGUUUUUUGGGGGUUAGAUCGCGUAAAUAUAUAAACGUGUCGUUAAACCCGCCAUCACCCGACACAGCCAAUUAGUAAGGGUUGUCACGUCAACAGAACGUGCCAAUUCGUGUUAAACUGUUCCACAAAAGGCCACAGCAUGCUGGGAGCUACGUAAAAUCCAAUUGUGCAGUAACUCAUCCUGGGAUAUGUGAUUGUACAGCAUUCACAACACAGGGUUCUGAAUGCAUCGAUGCAUUGAUACGUCAAUUCAGAUUGAUUGGUAGGCUUAUAAUUGUUCAUGUGUUGAACUGUGCACCUAAGAGUCUGCUAAUUUUGAUCGGCGUGUCCUCUAUCCGCUAUAACCCUGGAUCCACUCGCGAUUCUACGUGAAUCACAAAAGCAAAAUAAAAAGUAAUCGAAUCUCGAAUCUAAUUGCGGCCCCAUGUCGUAACAAUUCAUAGGGAUGCUUUAUUUCGUGCCUAUCACAUGUCCCGACUCUAUAGGCCCGAUACAGUAUAGGGCUUUGAGCUUCAUAACACACGUGUUAAACAAAAAUGUGAAAGUAAUAUAUUAUGCAAUCCAAAUUGUACGCUGCAAAUACUUUUCAACAGUGUAGAUAACUCCAUAGUAAGUUGUGCCUGGAUUAUCUGCAUGUAAACAAGCAGAAUUUUGGCUAAUAGCGUAAACUGGCUUGCUAUUGUUAAGCACCUUGUGCGUACUGUUUAUAUGCGAUAUACGAUAAUCAGGAUUUACUUUAAAUCUCAUCUAAUCUAAAGACGUCUGCAACUUAUUGGCACGAGCAUUGCAAAGCCAUACCUUUAAUGAUGUCUACUCUAUUUUAUAAGCUGAUUGUGUACACUCUUUCUAUGCACAGGCAUUCUUACGAUGCCUCUCUGCACUAGAGGAGAGCGUUCGGAUUUCAUUUUACGUUCAAUGUGUAUUUUAUUUUUUACUUGCAUUUUUUUAUUGCAUAGAAAUCAUCAGUCAGUUUGUAAGAUAUCCAAAGGCAGUGUUUU